UGUUGACUAAUUGAACCACAUGAAAUGACGUAACGCUACACCAAUUUCAUCGAAUUAGGUUAUUUUGGGGAAGAAUCUAGGAAAAAAAAUGUCAACGGAGACUACGGAGAAUCCAUCAUCAUCUCGCCGUCUCUCCUCCGACGCCAUCGAUCAAUCACCGUUGCUUUCGAGCGGAGAUGAAAACGAGGGAAGCAGCAACAACGGAGGAGGAGGAGGAGGUUCCGGGAACGGACGGAGAUCCGUGAGGAGACAAGGGCUGAGGGAAGCGGCGAGGUUUCUAAGCCGGGCGAGCAGCGGGGGAGGACGCGGCGCGACGCGUGAGCGGUCUGUGAUCGUGAGGGAGGCCGCGGCGGAGCAGUUGGAGGAGAGGCAGAGCGAUUGGGCCUACUCGAGGCCCGUCGUGGUGCUUGACAUCGUGUGGAAUCUGGCGUUUGUCUCGGUGGCUGCGGCUGUUCUGGUGAUGAGCAGGAAUGAGCAUCCGGUCAUGCCGCUUAGGGUUUGGCUAUUUGGGUAUGCGUUGCAGUGCGUGUUGCAUAUGGUUUGUGUGUGUGUUGAGUAUAGGAGGAGGAACAGGAUGAGGACUAAUAGGAGGACUACGUCGUCGCUUUCUUCUUCUUCUUCGUCUUCUUCCUCCAUGGAGGAAGAUGCUUUGGUUUCAAGGAGGAACUCAGAUGAGCAGCUGGAGAGCGAAAGCAGCAGCAGUGUUGCGAAGCAUCUGGAAUCUGCCAACACAAUGUUCUCAUUUAUUUGGUGGAUCAUUGGGUUCUACUGGGUAUCUGCUGGUGGCCAUGAAUUGGCGCAAGAAUCCCCACGGAUUUACUGGUUGUCUAUCGUCUUUUUGGGUUUCGAUGUGUUCUUUGUUGUCUUCUGUGUUGCGUUGGCCUGCGUUAUUGGCAUUGCUGUUUGCUGUUGCCUUCCAUGCAUCAUUGCAGCAUUGUACGCUGUUGCAGAUCAGGAAGGGGCGUCAAAAGAAGACAUUGAGCAGCUCACCAAAUUCAAGUUUCGAAAAGUUGGUGGUGUCAACAAACACGCCGGCGACGAAGCCCAAGCGAACACCGAAGGGAUAAUGACAGAGUGUGGUACAGAUUCACCCCUUGAACAUACCAUUCUUCAGGAGGAUGCAGAGUGUUGCAUCUGUCUCUCUGCAUACGAAGACGGAACCGAACUAAGGGAACUUCCGUGUGGCCAUCAUUUCCACUGCUCAUGCGUAGACAAAUGGCUGUACAUAAACGCCACUUGCCCACUCUGCAAAUACAACAUCCUCAAGAGCAGCAACUUGGACCGUGAGGAAGUCUAGAAGAAACAGAUUUGCAUAUUCAUGACCCCACACAAACAUUUGAUCAGGAAACUUGGGGGGUCCAAAGGUAAAAAAAACGACUGGUGUUUUUAGAUAUAAUGCAUUGUUUGUGAUAAUGAUAUCUAUACAAAUGAUUUUACUUUUGUCUGUUUUAUUUUGAUUUUUUUUGGAAUCAGGUCUGUACAUGUAUAUAUCUAUGUUCUUUCACUUGCAACCACUCUUUUGUAUCACCUCUCUGAAUCAUGGAUCUUUCAUCA